AUGUUCAGCACUUUGGGCUUGGCGAUUGCUACAAUGCCAACUUUCAAUUGUGCAAUCCAUACCAAAGAAGGCAUUCAUACCCCACAUACUUUCGUCGGUGUUCAAAAGAGAGCUCGUGCAGUCUCCACGGGAAGUUGCGACAGGUCAAAGGUGACACAUGGUCCCAAAGCCGGGCUUGUUCCCAUUGGCGGGCACGCCUCUUCCCUUCUAGGAGGCCGAGUUUGCCGCCUAAUUCGCCUGUUGGCUUUAGGUCCGCUGCGGCGCACCCUGCCUGUGCCAUUUCGUGUCCUGUUGUUUGCUCCUCCUUCGGCCCCCUCCCCUGAGCUGGGGCUCGCUGGAGCUGUGCCCUCAGGACGCGUGGUUCUGUCUCCCUUCCUUUGA